AUGGGGUCUUUCAGGCAUUUAUCAAAAUCUGCCAUUCGCGCAGCAUCAACAUCCACAGCCCAAACGACCAAGGCUGCUGGCGACAUUUCAUCGGUGUUUCCUAGUCUACAACCGGGGUAUCAGCCGGAGCCUCUCCCCGCUCGAUUCCAAGAGCUGAAACAAAGACUAUUUGAAAAAAACGAGAAGGCGCUGAAAGAGAGCUGGAAGAGGCUUCUCCUGAGCUUGGAGGAGGAAGCGGAGAAAAUCAAGUCGAAAGGAAGCGAUAUCAUUCCAUCUGUGAAAUAUUCUGAUAUUGUGUCCGGCAAAGUCCCUGAGGCGACUCUGAAAGAAAUUCGCCACCGUGGCAGCGUAGUCAUUCGAAACGUGCUGCCUCGAAACACGGCCCUUGAUUAUAAACAAAGAAUCCGUGACUAUGUCAGCGCAAAUCAAAAACGCGUAAAAGCAUUUCCAUCGGAUUCGCCGGCCGUCUACGAACUUUACUGGACUCCAUCACAAGCGGAAGCUCGAGCGAAUCCCAAUGUGCUCGAAGCACAGCGAUUCCUACAGCGGUUAUGGCACUCAUCGGACCCAAACACAAUACUCUCGACAUCAAACCCACUUACUUACGCAGACCGACUGCGAAUCCGAAAUCCGGGAGACUCCAAGUUUACUCUGGGGCCCCAUAUAGACGGCGGAUCACUCGAACGCUGGGAAGACCCUGAGUAUGCCAGUGUAUACAACAAGAUCCUUGAGGGCAACUGGGAAAGGUACGACCCAUGGGAUGCCAAACAUCGUCUGUCGGCAAAGAUGGAUCUAUACAACGGCGCCGGCGCCUGUUCAAUGCUGCGUUUCUUCCAGGGAUGGCUCUCCAUGUCCGAUACUGCACCCGGCGAGGGCUCGCUCCAUGUCUGCCCUAUGGUCGUGCAUAGCACGGCCUAUACGAUUCUCCGACCAUUCUUCGAUGUCCAAAGUCAAGACCCCAAACUGGAUGCUACUUUCCCUGGGUCUGUGCCAGGAGCAUGCCAGGAGUAUAAUCCCGUGACACACCCGGAGCUUCAGCUCGAGACCACAAUGGUUCCGGUGCCUCGGGUUGAACCAGGCGACUUUGUCGCAUGGCACUGCGACUCGCUGCACUCAGUAGACAAGGAGCACCGAGGCAGUCGAGACUCUAGUGUGAUGUAUAUUCCAGCCACCCCUUUGUGUGACAUGAAUAUCAAGUACCUCCUCAAGCAGCGUCAAGCAGCUUUGACGUAUUCCCCGCCGUGGGACUUUCCCGGUGCCGGCGGUGAUGGUGAAAUGGGAUUUCAGGGUGCAGUGGACUGGUCUUCUUUGAAUCCCGAAGGACAGAGGGCGAUGGGGUUCGGUAAUAUUCCUUGGAAGAUGACGGAGGCCAUGACUGAAGGCGAGAGACAGGCAGUGAAAUCGGCCAAUGAGAUGUGCUCCAGAGCAUAA